AUGUCGCCGCCGCCGCCGUCCCUCGUGGUGCUCCCGCUUCUCCUCCUCCUCCUCUUCGCCGCUGUAUCCCCCGCUGCGGCCAAUGCGACCGCCACCGCAGCGGCAGGUGCCGGCGCCUCUCCCCCUGUGCCGACGCCGUGGCCGGAGCAGUUCCACGCGCUGAUGUUCACCAACCUCACCGCGAGCGGCGGCCGGCUGGAGCUGAUCGACCUCUACUACGACUGGCCCGGGGGCCGCAACCUGAACCUCAUCCGGGACCAGCUCUCCGGCGACCCGCUCUACGACGUCGAGUGGACCAACGGCACCUCCUACUUCUUCGACUCCGGGUCCUGCCACAGCACGCUGUUCCCCGUGGGGCUCCUGCCGCCCGACUGGCUCGCCGCCGGCGCCGUCUACCUCGGCCGCGAGCACGUCGACGGUUUCGACUGCCACCUCUGGACCAAGGUCGACUUCGUCUGGUACUACGAGGAAGUCGCCACCGGCCGCCCCGUCCGCUGGAAUUUCUUCAAUGGGAUGCAGCAGCAUGUGAUGAGCUUUGAGGUGGGAGGAGUGCUGGAAGACUCCAUGUGGCAGGCGCCUGCUUACUGCUUCAAUGGUGGCAAUGCCGACACCGCCAAUGUGGCUGCCGAUAGAUCCGGUAGCGUUGAUGUGAUGAACAGCCUGACCAGGUUCGCCGGGGCUCCAGCUGCAGCUGCAGCUGCAUCAUUUGACCAGUGA